AUGAAUAACAAGCAAGCAGACAAACACGAUGGCAAUGAAAAAGUGUACCAGACAACGUCGAUAGUCGAUUCGCUUGCUGUAGAGCAGCCGCUCCACCGCCCGUCUACCAAACGGGGUCUCAAAGCACGCCAUGCGCUCUUCAUUGCCUGGGGUGGCACUGUUGGGACUGGCCUCUUCAUCACCACUGGUAAGACUCUUGCGACUGGUGGACCAGCCUUCCUCGUCGGGAGCUAUGUCUUCAUAUCCAUCUUGGUAUACUUCAUUCUUACGGGAAUCAUUGAGAUGGCCACGUUUCUUCCUGUGCGUGGAGGUUCCAUGAGUCGGUACGGCCACCGCUUCGUGUCCAAGAGUCUCGGGUUUGCCAUGGGUUGGCUUUAUGUCUAUUCUUUUGCCAUACUGGUCCCAUUUGAGCUUACUGCAUGCGCGAUCCUCAUAGACUUUUGGCAACCGGGGAUCAACAGCGCAGUUUGGAUCACUAUUUUGCUGGUCUUGUUGGUCAUUCUGAACGUCCUUCCUGUACUUUUCUACGGCGAAGCAGAAUUUUUUUUCACUGGUGUCAAACUGGCCACCAUUAUCGGCCUACUUUGUCUUUCGUUCGUCUUGUUCUGGGGAGGAGGUCCUGACCGCAAUAGACUCGGAUUCCACUACUGGAAAGAUCCUGGUGCGACAAAGACCUUGAUACUAGAGGGUGACGCUGGCAGACUCGUUGCCGUUAUCGCGACUGUGAUCAGCAGCAUCUUGCCCUUCAGCUUUACGCCCGAGAUGGUGGUUGGAACGGCAGCCGAGAUCAGAGACCCGAGCAAAAAUGUACCAAGGGUGGCAAAACAUUUCACCUGGCGUCUGAUUGUUCUUUUCGUCGGCAGCGCCAUCGGUAUCUCAGUCAUAUGCCCUUCGAAUGCUGCUACUCUCACGAGUGGAAGCGAUGCCGCCUCCUCACCGUGGGUCGCGGGUAUUCACCAAGCUGGAAUACCCGCUUUGGACAGCAUCAUAAACGCUGUGGCGCUUGUAGCAGCCUGGUCAACGGGUAAUGCAUUCCUUUACCUCUCUAGUCGAUCCCUUCACUCUAUCGCAAUGGAAGGUAACGCUCCUCAAAUAUUUCAGCGCUGCACUGCAAAGGGAGUGCCCAUCUAUGCUGUGGGGGCAACAUCAUGUGUCUCUCUGUUGGCGUAUAUGACGCUUAACUCUUCCUCGGCAACCAUCUUGAACUGGCUUUUGAACUUGGUCAACACAGGCGGGUUCCUGUCCUGGGUCUGCUGUUCCAUCACAUAUCUUCGUUUUCGAGAGGCCUGUGACGUUCAGGGCGUUCCCAAAUCAAAGCUUACACAAAGGUCCCCGCUACAGCCAUACAGUUCGUGGAUUACGCUCGUUUUGUUCAGUGUCUUGUGUCUUUUGAACGGCUUCACGGUCUUCUUCCCGUCCGAGUGGUCAAUUGCUUCCUUCAUGUCAGCAUACAUUGGGUUGCCGGCGUUUCUCAUCCUGUAUUUUGGUCACAGAUUCAUUAAUUAUAAAGAGCCGUGGGCCAUUCCGUCACAUCUUGUGGAUCUACAACUUGACCCAGCGGAAUUGGAUAAUAAUUGA